AUGGCCAUGGAAUUGGACUUGUCGAGUGUGAACGUAAGGUACCAAUCGAUAUUCGCUUCGAAUAGAUCAGCUACGGAAGUAGGAACACCAGCGGAACCGGGGCUUUUAAGCCCAAACCAGGGCGGCUACCUCAGUGAAAUUGACUUUGAGAGCACUCUCGUAGAUGUCGAUCCGUAUGGUGAUGAAGAAACCAAUCCUAGCACCCGUCCCGAGCGGGUCGCAGCCGUCGAAAUUUCUCCGCACGGUGACCUGAUCCUCGAGCUCACCUUCAAGCGCGGGCAAGCCCGCUUCCGCGUCUCAUCCCAAGUCUUAUGCCUAGCGUCACCGGUAUUCCGAGCCAUGCUUGGCCCGAACUCUUCGUUCCGGGAGGCGUGCGAGCUACGCACUCACACCACUGCUGGCGGUGGUAUGGCGGAUGCGGAACCGUAUGUGCUGCCACUGGAGGACGACGAUCCGGAGGCGAUGGCGAUCGUGCUGUUUGCGCUGCACCUGCAGAACUCGAAGCUGCCGACGUUCAUCAAGGAGAAGCGCACCAUCUGGAACAUGGCCAUCAUCUGCGACAAGUAUGAUUGUACAUCGGCGUUCAGUGUGUGGGUGGACGGGUGGGCGGAUGGGUGGCGGCGCAGGGCGUUUAGGAAUAGCGGACAUGGGCUGUGGUUGUUUAUCAGUUGGACGUUUGGGCUCGGGGAUGUGUUUACGUUUAUCUCGAAGAAGCUUAUCCUCGAGGGCUACUACCAGACGGAGGGGGGCAAGUUUCUGAGCAAAGAGGGAUGGAACCUGGACGGAUUGGCGAUCCCGAAUCCAGUCAUGGAAAUCAUCCUCGACAUCCGCCGAACAGCAAUCACGGCAAUGAUCGAAGAAGUGCUCACGGUGCUCAAAAAGUUCCUCGCCGGCGGCGACGGCAAGCCGCUCUGCAGCGCCGCAUCCCCACUGGAGGACUGCGACCUCAUGAUCCUGGGCACGCUGAUACGGGAGUGCCAGGUCCGCCUGGGCAUCUACCCCGACCACAAAAAGUACCUGCUCAUGAGCGUCAAGGACGUGCACGAGAACCUGCGGAGCAUCAAGCCGCGCUCCGUAGGCGCCGACUCGCUGCGCGGCGGGGGCCACGGGGACGGGGCGGGGAGGAAUCCGGCGCAGGAUGAGGUGUAUACGCCGUCGCUGACUUUGAUCAAGAAGCUGUUUUAUCCACGGCGACAGAGGCAGGCGUCGAGCGCGCAUCUUGUACAGUAG